UAUAUAUAUAGUUGGGUUGAUAAUUCACAGAAGAAGAAAACGAUAUCUGAGGGCUUGUCACACUUUUCACAACCUGCAACUAUAAGAGGGUUUUCAUUUCUCCAUCGAUCAAUCUGAAUAAAGAAGAAGAAGAAAAUAAAUUAAUUUGGUCAGGGGGGCUAAGAGAAAAUUAGAAGCCACGAUGAAGAUAGAGACAGUGAUAUGGGAAUAGCAACGCCGCCGCCGCCAACAGUCGCCUCUCACCGGAAAGUACACAAUUCUGUUCAAUUCUCCGACGAGAACAAAAGUCCGUCGAUUUUUUCUAUGUCCGAAGAUUAUCAUCAUCAAGGUAGUAUUUUCAGUUUCUCGAAUGGAUUCGAGAGAUCGCAACAAGAACAACAACAUCACAAUCAGCAGCAGCAGCAACAACAACACAUAGCCCAGCAGAUCCGACGGGAUAAACUCCGGGUCCAAGGAUUCGACCCGCCGCCGCCGCUUGUCGGAAUCGAGGAGGAAGAAACCGGCGGGAUUCCCGUCUACGAACCCGCAGGUAUGUUGUCGGAAAUGUUCGGCUUCCCAUCAGGCGGCGCCUCCACUGCAACGGAAUUGCUCGAGAAUCAGAUACUCCAGAGCUACCGGAAUCCACGGGCUGGGCCGCCGCCCUCCGCCGCGGAUUGGUUCUCCCACCACCGCCAAGGCAUGGUGGUGGGUGGUGGCUCCGGCGGUGAUUUGGGGGUUUCCAAGCAUCACCAUCAUCAUCAACAACAACAGCAACAGCAGCAUCAGAUUUCGGGCAUUAAUGCUGACUCAGCGGCGGCCAUGCAGCUUUUUCUGAUGAACCCACCGCAACAGCAGCAGCGGCAAAGGUCGCCGUCGCCGUCAACCUCCCACCAAAACCCACCCCACGAAUCCACUUCCUCCACCCUCCACAUGCUUCUUCCAAACCCUUCUUCUUCCUCCUCCACACUCCACCACGCCUUACAUAACGCGCCUCCAGGAGGGGCUUUCGGUCAAUUCACAUGGCUUCAAAACAGCGGGAACGAAAGCAGCAACCCUAGCGAAAUUAAUCCAGGAGUUGUAGAAGGACAAGGACUCUCGUUAUCUUUGUCUUCUUCUCUGCAGCACCUGGAGGCGGCGAAAGCGGAGGAGCUGAGGAUGGGGGAGGGCGGUAUGCUGUUCUUCGGUCAAGGCGGCGGAGGGUCAACUCCGGCAACACAGUAUCAGUUCAAGAAUUCCGGCGGCGGCGGAAUCGGCCAUAGCCACCAGCUGCAUGUGGGGAUGGGCUCUUCUUUCGGAUCGGUCAAUAUGCUGCGGAGUUCAAAGUACGCUAAGGCAGCUCAAGAAUUGCUGGAAGAGUUUUGCAGCGUCGGUAGGGGCCAUUUCAAGAAGAGCAAAUUCAGGAAAGGGCAGAAUAACAACAACGGAUCAAACCCUAGUGCCGGCGGCGCCGCCACCAGCGGCGCCGCCGCUGCAGGUGGCGGAAAUUCAUCGUCUUCUUCGAAAGACAUUCCACCACUAUCGGCUGGUGACAGGCUUGAGCAUCAGAGAAGAAAGGUCAAACUGUUAUCUAUGCUUGACGAGGUGGACAGAAGGUACAACCACUACUGCGAGCAAAUGCAGAUGGUGGUGAACUCGUUCGACAUGGUGAUGGGAUUCGGUGCGGCGGUGCCGUACACGUGCCUGGCGCAGAAGGCGAUGUCCCGCCACUUCCGGUGCCUGAAGGACGCCAUCGCCGCCCAGCUGAAGAACAGCUGCGAGCUAUUGGGGGAGAAAGACGCCGGCACAUCCGGUGUUACAAAGGGCGAAACGCCGCGCCUGAGAAUGCUGGAGCAAAGCCUCCGCCAGCAGAGGGCGUUCCACCAGAUGGGCAUGAUGGAGCAGGAAGCGUGGCGGCCGCAGCGCGGCUUGCCGGAAAGAUCCGUCAACAUCCUCCGCGCGUGGCUCUUCGAGCAUUUUCUGCACCCGUACCCAAGCGAUGCAGAUAAGCAUCUGUUGGCCCGACAGACUGGUCUAUCAAGAAACCAGGUAUCGAACUGGUUCAUAAAUGCGAGGGUCCGUUUGUGGAAACCCAUGGUGGAAGAAAUGUACCAACAAGAAGCCAAAGACGACUCUGCUGCAUCAAAUGACCAAAACAGCAGCGGCAGUGCACAAACUCCAACGCCUCCCUCCACCGCCGCAAUUACUCCUCCUCCACCACCACCACCCCCACCCCCACCCCCCACUAUGAUAAGAUCAGAAAUCAAUAAUAAUGCCCAUCUUGAAAACGACCCUUCAUACAUCGCAAUUAAUACUAGGCAAGUCUUCUCGGAAAACCAACCCCCCACCACUUCCCUCCCUUCCGCCGCCGCCUCCUCCACGGCGGUGCAUCCUUUUCCGGCGGCCAUGCACGACGACCAGUCCUCAAUCGGAGCUACUACGUUCAUCAGGUUUGGGGCGAACGCGGGUGACGUGUCACUCACCCUAGGGCUACGUCACGCCGGAAACAUGCCGGAGAAGAAUCCGUUCUCGGUUAGGGAUUUUGGUGGAUGUUGAUUUUUAUUAAUUAGCUUAAUCAUUAUUAAUAUACCGGUGCUUAAUUAAAUAAGAAAUUUAAACCUUGUCACAGUUUAUAGUUUUUUCUUUUUCUUUUUUUUUUCUUCAGCAGUACUUGAAAUUAGUUCUAUUUUGUUUCAUUUUUUUUUAAUUUUUUUUUUUUAAAUUUAUGUCUACUCUUAGACAAAUACAUAUAUAAUGAGAACGUAGAAACUAAUGUUAGCAAAGUUUUAAUUACCAGGUUUUAUUGUAAUUGUAUAGUUACAAGUUUUGUACCUUUUAAUCCUUUAUUAAGUAUUAUAUGUAUUAAUCUA